AUGUUCACAGACGAAACUAGUAAAACAUUGAAUAGAAUAAACAAGAAGAAAGUAAAGUCUGCCAAGCACGAACUCAGGAAACAAUUAUGCAAUGAUGAAUUAUUGAAGAAUUACUUUGUUUUGGAUAGAGAAAAAGACGAAACUUCAGUCUUUCGCAUUGAUGACAUUAAAUCAUUCGAAAAUGAGCAAUUAAUUGUAACUAAACAAGUCAGCUCCUCUCCACCAAAGAUCAGCAACGUAUCAUAUCAAAACCAAGAGCCAAUUCCACUUGUUCAAUCAUUAGAAACCAUUCGAAAUGAUCCCCAACUAGACGAAACUUCAAACUCUCUCCACAACCAUCAACAAUUAAAUCUAUUCCUUCUGCAGUUAUGUUGUGCACAAUUAGAUCAAGGAGAAAACAGAAAUAAUUUUCAAUAA